GAACGUAAGAAAUACAAAAAAAAAAAAAAAAACGAUUACCGCAUCUAUACAAUUAGAAUGUACUGAAUUAGAAUUUUUCUGAAUUUGCGAAUGAUCCUAAAAAAAAAAAAUGAAUUUUUCGGCCGUGCAAAUGUCUUUAAUUAAUUGUUAAAGGUACAAAGAAACUGCCUAGAAGAGACACGUUUUGUCGGACAACAAAUGCAGCAAAUCGCACAAACCUUCACAAAUUGGUUAUAAUAUUGCUUUUGUUUGCUUUAAAAGUCAUUUUAGCGAAUUUGUUUCCUAAUAAUAUGCGAUUGAUAAACAACUGUGUAAAUAUCUUGUGACAUAAAAAAUUACAAAUGCCGCCAUUUGAUUCUGCAGAGCCUCCGCUUUCAGAAAAUAUAUACUUUUUACAGUAAUUUCUGCUCAUUUUAAUGAACAAAAACAUAUUAAGAAAAAGUCCCCGGCAGUGAAGGGGUUAAACAGUUGUUUGUACAGUGCACCAGACUGGCUGUAGAUUUGAAUUUUUGUCGGUUGGUUCUAAAAAUAGAACAGGAAGGCUCAUUUGCAUACUGAACACUGAUUGGCUACGGAACAUGAUGAUGUCACUGGCUCCUCCCCUUAUGGAACACUGAUAUGCAUAUGGGACUAUGUGAUGUCACUGUGGCUGCUCCACUUUUGCCAAUUUAAGGAACACGCAGGGGACUGCAGCUCACUUGCUGCGUGUAUCUGACCGAGCAGGAUGCGUUAUCUCUCUCUCAGCAGUGUUGCGAGUUCCAUGAGAACAAUGACACGAUUUAUGAGAAAGAACGUUUACAAAGCGAAGAACAACAAGGAAGAACCUGUUGUAUUGCCCAGUGUGCGCCCUUUAUCCGAGGAGCACCAGGCAAACCCACCGCCCCAAACUACCGCCCCUAAAAAGGGUGGAGCCAAGACUAUUGGGCAGAAGGUCAGGGAUGCCAUAUAUAGAACCUGUCCCUGCCUACAACCCGAAAUCCUAAAAGAUGACUUUUAUGGACUAGACGGUGAACGUCGCAACCAGUCACGCGUACUCUCCAUUGAAAAGAUGAACUGUCAUAGAAUGAUCGGAGGGGGACGCUACGGGACUGUGCAUUUGGGCUCUCAUCCCGCCAUUGACCAGAAGCUGGCAGUUAAAAUUAUAAAAAAGAAAAAAUUACGGAAAAACGAAGAUCAUUGGAAAACGGUUUCCACAGAACUUGGCGUGCUGGAGAAAGUCGGCCAGAGUCCAUAUAUCACACAUAUGUAUGGAAUGUUACAGACAAAGCAUGAAAUCGUCGUUGUCAUGGAACGCCUGAGCAGAGAGGAUCUCUUCGACAACAUGGUUCCAGGUCCAUUACCCGAUGACACCAUCAGAUACUUCAUAGCGGAAAUGAUCUGCGCUCUACGGUACCUGCGUUCUAAGGAGAUCGUCCACAGAAACAUCAAGCCUAAAAAUAUCCUCUUGAGUGAUGACGGCCACAUCAAAAUCACGGGUUUUGGCUUGGCAGUUGCUGGAGUCACAGAGUCCAAGAGGAUCAAAGGACAAGCCGGGAGUCUAACGUUCAGGGCGCCAGAGGUCCAUCGAGGUUUAAAAUACUUCGGCAUGGUCGACUAUUUUGCACUGGGAGUAAUAGUCUAUGUGAUGGCGUUCGGCUGGCAUCCAUUUCUUAGAGGCGGAGAGCCAACCAUGAAAAUAACAGGGAAAGUGCUCGGCAAGAAACCGCGUUUUCCAGAAGGCGUGAACCCUGCCCUCCGUAGCAUCAUAGAGAUCUUACUAUGUAAAAACCAAGAUGAGCGGAUGAUGCUAGCACGUGGCAUCCGAGGACACCCCUUCUUACGGAAUGUGGACUGGAAGGAGACAAAGCAAGGGAAUUCACCGCCACCAUUUCCAUCAGGAAAUGUUCCUGAGGAAGAUCUGAGUGCAGGAAUACCAGGGGAUAAAUUCCUUCAAUCUGAAGAACACCAUGAGUCGCCGAUAGAGCCAGAGGAGCAGAAGAAAUUCCAUGGCCAGGAUCCUCACCGUAGUGCCUCAUCACCACCAUCGGAGAGCCAGGAUCCUCACCAUAGGGCCUCAUCAUCACCAUUGGAGAGCCAGGGUCCUCACAGUAUGGCCUCAUCACCACCAUCGGAGAGCCAGGAUCCUCACUGUAGGGCCUCAUCACCACCAUCGGAGAGCCAGGGUCCUCACAGUAUGGCCUCAUCACCACCAUUGGAGAGCCAGGAUCCUCACAGUAUGGCCUCAUCACCACCAUUAGAGAGCCAGGAUCCUCACAGUAGGGCCUCAUCACCACAAUCGGAGAGCCAGGAUCUUCACCGUAGGGCCUCAUCAUCAUCAUCGGAGAGCAGGGAUCCUCACCGUACGGCCUCAUCAUCACCAUCGGAGAGCAAGGAUCCUCACCGUACGGCCUCAUCAUCACCAUCGGAGAGCCAGGAUCCUCACAGUAUGGCCUCAUCACCACCAUCGGAGAGCCAGGAUCCUCACCGUAGUGCCUCAUCACCACCAUCGGAGAGCCAGGAUCCUCACCGUAGUGCCUCAUCACCACCAUCGGAGAGCCAGGAUCCUCACCAUAGGGCCUCAUCAUCACCAUUGGAGAGCCAGGAUCCUCACAGUAUGGCCUCAUCACCACCAUCGGAGAGCCAGGAUCCUCACUGUAGGGCCUCAUCACCACCAUCGGAGAGCCAGGAUCCUCACAGUAUGGCCUCAUCACCACCAUUAGAGAGCCAGGAUCCUCACAGUAGGGCCUCAUCACCACAAUCGGAGAGCCAGGAUCCUCACCGUAGGGCCUCAUCAUCAUCAUCGGAGAGCAAUGAUCCUCACCAUACCGCCUCAUCACCACCACCAACGUACAGCUUCACCAUCGCCAUGGAAGAGCCAGGAUCCUUACAGUGGAGCCUCAUCACCUCCAUCGAAGAGCCAGAAUCCCCACAUUGGAGCCUCAGCAUCACCUUUGAAUAGGCAGGAUCAUCAAUGUGGAGCCUCAGAUCAUUAGACUCUGAAGGAUCUACAACCAUCUAAUGUGACAUUUAUUUUUCAGGGACAACUUUUUAAGGUCCCAAUGAUAUAGGUAGGAAGAUACAUUUUAUUUAUCAUCUACGGAUGACAAGACAUAAAGACAUUGUGACAACAACCACUGACUUCCCUAUUACCAAGAUCUCCAGAGAAUGUGGUUGUGUCACAUAUCAGACCACCCAUCACAUGUGAUCUGACUGCUGCAUGAUAGCGGCGUAUGACGUCACACGUGACAUGGGCAUGCCUACUGUGCAUUCGUAGAGCAGCCACAAUCCAGAAGGCCAAUCAGAGCGAAGCGUGAUCUCAAGCUCCACCCCCAGGCAACAACCAGCUCAGACCACUCCCAAAGAGUCACUGCCAUUGGCAGGACAUGUGGAGGAGGAGCGGGCUAUAUGGGAAGGAGUCUAACCAGCAUAUAAUUGGGAAAAAAUCAGGAGUGUCCAUCUUCUUAAACCACUAAGGACUCCUUCACACCUACCAUUUUAGCAUGCAGCGAAAUGGAGUAUUAUCCAUGGGUGCAAAGUGUGCAGUGCACAUGGGCCCCAUUGGGGGGUGGGGUCCACUGUGCUCUGACCCACACUGCAACCAUGGAACUGUGACGACUGUGAGACACCAUUGUCCUGUUUUCCCACUUAUAUGCCGGAUAGAAUCUUCCCCCAUAGCCCACUCAUCCUCCAUAUUUCCUGCCAAUGGUAUCUGCAGCAUUGACUCUCCGGGAGUGAUUUAGGUGGGUUGCUCCCCAGGGGGGGAGGGGGGACUUGGGAAUGGGCCUCCCUCUGUAUGGCUUCCUGGAAUGAUAUCCAUGUAACCCCAGGAGAUGGUUGGGGUUACAUGGAUGGAGGUCGUAGUAAUAGGAAAGUCAGUGGAUGUUGUCACAAUGUAUUUAUGUCUUGUUUUCUGUAAAUGAGAAAUAAAAUGUAUUUUCUUAUCUAUCCCGCCUUGAUGUGGGGACCUUAAAAAGUCCAACUUUGUCCCUCUAAAAUAAAAGUCAAAUCAGAUGAUCCGAGGCUCUAUAUUUAUGAGAAAUAGAAUGUAUGUUCUGAUCUAUAAUGUCUUGAACAGUAUAGAAAGUCGUGCAUUUCAUAAGGAGAUGAACUGGUCACCCUAGACUGAUGAUUCAGGGACUAUCUGAUCGCCUUAGGGGGUCAGGAAGGAAUUUUUUCCCUUUGAAACUCAUCUGACUGAGGGGGUUUUCGCCUUCCUCUGAAUCAUCCUAAAGGUUUAGGAGUCUGAAAAGGCCCCGCCUCUGAGGAGUCAGAGGAUAACAAUUAGAGGUAGACCUAUAUGGGUUUUUCUAUGGCCGAUGCCGAUAUUUAGAAAUCAGGGCGGCCGAUGGCCGAUAUAUA